UGUAUUCUCUCAGUAAAAUUGUCAGAUCAAAACCCUCUCAGUACAUUACAGGGGAAUGUCCGGUGGCUCCUCCCAGACAAAUAGAGAGAUUUGGACUCUGGUCUUCUUGUCCUGUCUCUCUGCGAACGCUUCCCUUGACACUGAAACUGCACGGGAAGACACAGUGUGUAAUCUGUUUAUUAGAAGGACAUUCCUUUCUUCAUUCAUCAGGGACCCUUAAACGUGGAGAACAAUGAACUCUUGAUAGCUACAUUAUUUUAUCCCAAACGAUCUUUAGGGAUCUUUCCACAAGAUGUUCCUUGGAGCAGCCAGUAGACUUUGCUGGUGCCCUCAACUUAUCAUCACUUAUCUGCUAUGCCUCAGCCAGCUCCUCCUUGCCCAGAAAGAACCCCAUGUGGAUAGCAUGAUGUCAGAAGCAAGCAUUUCACAGGUCACCAGUGAGAGAAAUCCGUGGACAUUCAAUAAUAGCUCAGGUAUUGAAGGAGCCAUCCAAUCUACUCCAACAUCUCCCCUCACUACGGAACCCUUAACAGAACCCCACGUGGAUAGCACGAUGUCAGGAUCAUACAUUUCACAGGUCACCAGUGAGAGAAAUCCUGGGACAUUCAAUAAUAGCUCAGUUAUUGAAGGAGCCAUCCAAUCUACUCCAACAUAUCCCCUCACUACGGAACCCAUAACAGGUGGUCUGAACUGCUCUCAUCACACAGAAUGCCCCCCGUUCAGCUCCUGUGUGUCCCCCUACAGUGGAGUCUCUAUAUGUCAGUGUGACAUUGGGUAUUAUUUACAUUCGGUCCUGGGCUGCGUUAUGGCUCGGACAUUCCCAGCUCGAAUCUCCCUCUCGGGAUUAAGGUUGAAUCAAGAUCUGUCAGAAGAGGAAAUGCUUGAUAUGAAGAUGGCAUGGACUUCUGACCGUGUGAAGACUGUGUUCCAUGCUGGUCUUGGGAGUAUCGAUGGCUACCUGUCGACGUCUAUUCAGCAGCUGGACCUGCAGGGUGGACAUAUGGUGGUCCUGCAUUAUUUUUCCACACUGUUUCCCGUAACUGAGCAAAUUCUGCAGGACGCUCUGACACAGUCUGCGACUCUAUGCAUGGAGGCAGAUUACAGCUGUGUACUCAGCACAGACUCUUAUCAGGGUUUCAGUCUCUGUGAGUUUGGUCUUUGUGAUCCACCUGUCAGUACGAGUGAGUGCCAGAAUGGCCUAAUCUUCUGUGUCUGCCGGGAGGGGUAUUACAAGAGUCACCCCUGGGACCAUUCCUGUAAAGCCUGUGGCAGUGGAUUCCAAUGGAAGGACGGCGACUGUCUGAGGUGUCCGUUUGGAUUCGGUGGAUUUAACUGUGAAGAUUCUUUCCUGCUGGCCGUGGUUGUGGAGUCUUGUGUAAUCAGUGUCAUUUUUCCAAUGUUGGUUGUCCUGCUUUUUCAUUAUAUACGAGGGAAGAAGAAACCAGCAAAGCCCUUCAUUGCUGACAGUAUUAUUGUACAUGUUCCGAGUGACCAGCAAGUCUUCACGUUACCCAGGGCGCAGCUCUCCUGGAGGAGUAACUGGGAGUGGGAGCAGCCUCCACUGGGCCGAGAAACAGCUCACCCAGACAAGGAUCCCGUUCUGGAGCCAGCACGAAUCCAACUGAAAACAUUUGGAGAAUCUUCGCGAUCCCACAUCUGGAACCCUUCCCAUGGCAGCCAUAACCCGUCCUUCAUAAGUGAUAAUUAAUGGACCUUAAACCAUAUCUCUAGCCCACAAGAGUCACACAAGGGGGACCUCAUCGCUUUAACUCCAUGGACAUAUGUAAACAUACUUACCAGUGGACACAAGCACACGUGGCUCUCCAAUAUGUAGACAGCAGAAUCACAUGUUUCUAUUUAUUGCUUCUCCAACUUGUUGAGCCCUGACAGGAGGUCGAAGUGGAUAUUGUGAAUAAAUCCCUCUUCAGUCAGCAUGAUCUGCAAAUUAAACUAUAAAAUGUGAUGAAACUGGAAAUGUUUCACA